CAGUCCAGAGCUGUACUUCUUCUUUUUAUGAUCCCACUCCAUAUUUCAUUUAUAUUUAAAAGCGCAUUGAUGAAUAUGAAUACAGAUCUUUAGAGUUACUGUGAAGUCAUAUUUGUUUAUGUGCGCAGUCCUGUUUCCAGCCGGUAUCUUAUCGUCUAAAAGGGAGCGCGGCUCAUGAUCUGCCCACUCUACUUGGACUUUCUUUUUUUAUUAUUAUCCUCCAGCUUCUGUUCUCCAGGUAGGUGGCACAAUGGAUACGUGUGCUCUGCAGUACAAGACGGUGGACAGCCCUCUGGGGAGGAUUGAGCUGGCGGGCUGUGGGCAAGGCCUGCACCAGAUCCGGCUGCCCAGCGGGAAGAUGACCAGUGCCAACCCCACGGAGGCCCCAGCAGCUCCUGAGGGGACAGCGGAGCCCCUGAUGCAGUGUGCGGCCUGGCUGGACGCCUAUUUCCACAAGCCCGCGGCCACGGAAGGGCUCCCCUUGCCUGCUCUCCACCAUCCCGUGUUCCAGCAAGACUCCUUCACCAGACGGGUGCUGUGGAAGCUGCUGAAGGUUGUGAAAUUCGGAGAAAUGGUUUCUUACCAACAAUUAGCGGCCUUGGCAGGCAACCCCAAGGCCGCCCGCGCUGUGGGGGGAGCAAUGAGAAGCAAUCCGGUCCCCAUCCUCAUCCCGUGUCACAGAGUGAUCUGCAGCAGCGGGGCCCUGGGCAACUACUCAGGCGGAGGGCGUGCGGUGAAGCAGUGGCUCCUGGCCCACGAAGGCAUCCUGGCAGGCAGGCCAGGCUGAGGGAGCGGCGUCGGGGCCCUGGCAUCCGGCCGCCCUGGCCCCACCGGCUCCCAGCGCACCGGCCGAAAUUGAGUGUGUGGCUUCGAAGUAAAUGUAACGCCGCCUCCGAAGCAGAGCGUGUGGUGGCACCACUAUAUUAAAAGAGCCCGAUGCAUCCCGGGGGACACAGCG